CUCCGAUCGAUUUACAGGUAUCCUCUUCUUCUCCAUGUUUCUGCAAUUUUCCCUAUCUGCUUCGUAGAUUCAUAUCUAAUCGGAUUUCAAUAUGUUUCGUUUUCAAAAAAAAAUAUGAAAAGCUUGGCUCUAGAGUUCUAUUGUGAAUUGAUUAGAUUUGGGAAUCUAGGGUUUCUUAUUCCUGACGAGUACUUUUUAUGUUUUGGUUCUUCAGGUCUUUUAAAUCUAGCGAAGGAGAUAUGUCAGGAAGAGGAAAGGGAGGAAAGGGAUUGGGAAAGGGAGGAGCCAAGAGGCACAGGAAGGUCCUUAGGGAUAACAUCCAAGGAAUCACCAAGCCUGCCAUUCGUCGUCUCGCUCGUAGAGGUGGUGUCAAGCGUAUCAGCGGUUUGAUCUACGAGGAGACCAGAGGAGUCCUCAAGAUCUUUCUCGAGAAUGUUAUUCGUGACGCUGUGACUUACACUGAGCACGCUAGGAGGAAGACUGUUACAGCUAUGGAUGUGGUGUACGCUUUGAAGAGGCAAGGACGCACUCUCUACGGUUUCGGCGGUUAAUCAAACGGUUGAGAUUUUUAGGAGAUGGGAUUAUUAGUGUUACGGUUAUGUGUGGGAAUGUCUAGUUUCUGUUAUCAAUUUGAUUAGAGUAAAAUGUCUUGUAGCCAAUGGGAUCUUCAUGUAGCUACUAAAUCUCAGCAAUCUUUGCUUGGGAUUCUUAAAUGAAAGUUGUGUGUUUAAUAACU